AUGGAGCUCAGAAGACGAAGCGGCGCCUCAUCAGUAACAUACUGGAUUUUUCUGUUACAAAUGCUGUGCUGCGCGCGGCGGGGCGCGGGUCACGGGCGGCUGAUGGACCCGCCCGCCCGCAACUCCAUGUGGCGCUUCGGCUACCCCAACCCCGUCAACUACAACGACAAUGAGCUCUUCUGCGGCGGAUAUGCCGUCCAGUGGGAGCAGAACGGCGGUCGUUGCGGCGUGUGCGGCGACGCGGACCACCUCAACUCGCCGCGGCCGCACGAGGCCGGCGGCAUGUACGGCAAGGGCAUCAUCACGAGGCACUACAGUGUGGGGCAGGAAAUAGAGGUUGAGAUUGAGCUAACGGCGAACCAUCUGGGCACGUUCGUGAUGAAGAUGUGCCCUAACAACAAUCCGAAACAGGAGGCCACACAGGAAUGUUUCGACAGAUACCCACUGUACAUAUCCGGGACCAGGGAGGAUAGGUUCCUCAUUCCGCUGGACACGGCAAAGAAGGAUACCUUUAGGUACCGGGUGCGACUACCGCCCUACGUCACCUGUACGCAGUGCGUGCUGCAGUGGACUUAUUAUACAGGUAACAUGUGGGGUAUCUGCCCUAACGGCACCGAGGCCGUGGGCUGCGGGCGCUCGGAGACGUUCCGCAAUUGCGCAGACAUCAGCGUCGUCACCAACACCGGCGGUCUACCACCGGCCUUCGCCAGCGACUUCCGCCGAGACAACCCCUUCCUGCUGUAUUACAGAGACGCCUUCAUGCCGCAGAAUGUGUAUCCGCUUGUUAUCAGGGACCAAGUGUGCUUGCCUUCUGAAGGGUACGCGCGUAUCCCGGGCAUGCUGAACUGGUGCCAGACCAACUGCCUGCGGUACCCGCCGCACUGUCCCGAAUCUCUUUGCAACUGUCCCUCGAUCUGCGAAGCUAUCGGCGAGCUGGAAGGAAAAGAAGGUGCUGACGUGUACUGCAUGGACCAGUGUAUAGUGUACCCGCCGCGCUGCCCGAAAAACAGAUGCCGUUGCUACUAAGCACGUACCUGUAAAAAAAUAGAAAAUACUUUUUUUUAGUCUCAAAAUUUUGUACUGCACUGGCUGUACCUAUACUCUGCGAAUGUUGAAUUAUUUGUACCUAGUAUUUUGUAAAUAAUAUUUUGAUACUCCCAACCUCA